AUCUUCUUCCUCACUCAAAUCGAUUCGAAGAUCGAAAAAUUUGAUGGCGGCAUUCAGAAGUUCAAAGAAUGGUGGCGACGCUCCUCUCUGUGCCAACAACUGUGGCUUUUAUGAAAAUCCGAACAAUCUAAAUCUUUGCUCUGUUUAUUAUGCCGCUUUCCUCAAAGAAACCGGCGAAGAUUCUGAACCACGAGAGAGCUCGAAAAGUCAAAUUAAGUAUGAAGAACCAAAUUCCGAGACGAGACAAUUUCCUUCUGUAUCACAGAAUUCCGAAACUUGCGAGAAUAAUCCAACGCCUAAAACCAUAAACAGAUGCAAAAUUUGCAGGAAGAAAGUGGGAUUGUUAGGAUUCAAUUGCCAGUGUGGAGGUUCAUUCUGCGGCAAACAUAGGUAUCCUGAAGAACAUUCGUGCGACGUUGAUCACAAGGCGAUCGGCCGGAAGACUCUGGCCAAACAAAUUGUCGAAUGCAAGGCCAAUAAAUUGCAGUUCAGGGUUUAGAUUCAUUGAACAUUUACUACUGUUUUUCUUUUUGGGAAAUGGGAAUGUUGUUAUUAACACUACAUGAAUAAUAAAUAUAUUUU